CUCUCUCUGAUUCUGGCAGCAGUGGUGGGCUGCUGGCAAAGCAAGAAAGCGAAAGCAUGGCUUCCUAUUUGCUUCUCUGGAUGCUCUUUUGCUUCCUCAACUUAGGCCUCCUCGCUAUCGUCUUCCACGCGGGUAAACCUUUUUGUAGCUGUUGGCCUUGACAGACAUGGAAGCAGACCAACUUGACCCAUUUGAAGCAACAGCUCGAGUCAAUAAGUUCGUGUUGCCUGAGUUCAUUCUACAAUGGAUCUUAUGCUUUCUCUUCCUCAUCACGGGUCACUGGGUCAUGGUUCUCAUUUCACUCCCCAUUGCCUGCUUUCAUUUGACGAUCUACUUGAAAGGGAAGCAUCUAAUUGAUGUCACUGAAGUGUUCCGGAGUCUUGAUCGUGAGAAGAAGCAUAGGGUGAUCAAGCUAGGUAUCUACUUGGUCUUCCUAUGCAUUACCAUCUUCAGGGUGGCUCUGGUCAAGUUUGAUACUCUGAGAAAUGCAGCAGCCGAUCCCGUGUAUUUCAGGUGAUCAAUGGUAGCUGGUUGAUGACAGUGCUUAUGAGAGAGAUGCUGUUGGUACAUAUUUCUGGUACUGCAGCUGCCCACCUCACUGUUGUUAGAUAGAGGAACUCGUUAACUAUGUUUGUGUGGCUUAUUUAUUUGAGAAGAUAUGGAAGUGUUGGCCAUGAAAUGGACAAGCUUUUGUUAGAAUGUUGUACUUAAGCUUAGUUCUAAUCUUACGUGUGAAAGCUCUGAACUUCCUGAUAUAAGUUGAUUGGUAUUUAUACACAAAGAAGUUUAUUAUGAUAAGUGCUAGGGAUUCGUGAUUAUGCUAAUGGC